AUGGGGAUAAAGAUCCUGCCCCUGUCCUGGGGCAGGUGUGAGGUUUGGGCUCUCCCACUUCAGCACCAGCCCAGGGGAGCACAGAAGAAUCCUGGCUGCAGCAUGCCCUCUCCAGCCUCGCUCUCCCAGGGCAGGUCACUGAGUUCUCAAGAGAAGCAAGAAGUGCCCCAAGGACCCCCGCUCCCAGCCAGCCCCUCUGCCCACUUGCAACAGGACCCCAGGCUGAGAGCACCAGGCCUGCAGGCGCAGAUCCCCCAUGCUCACCCCAUUGGGCUGCAUGCCAGGGCCCACCCAGCUCGGGCUCAGCCACUCGCCCAGACUAUCCUGCACCCGCCGGUGAAGGCACCCAACCCCCCUGGGUCCUCUCCGAGCACCAGCGCCCCCGCCGCGCCCCUGGCCAGGCCAGAAGGGGGCUGCCCUGGGAACGGGGCGAUGGCACCAGUGGGACCUGCGACACCCCAACCUCAGCCCCCCGGGUCUCCGCUCCCCGCGGCCUCACUGACCUGCUCCGGGCUGGCGGGGGCGCGGCGCCGGCGGGGGGGCGGCUCGGGCUCCCGGAGGGUCCCGCCGCCGGCGCGUGGCAGCAACUUUGUAUCAAACUCCGCCAGCUCGCCCCAUUCCGGGCGGGGGAGGGCGCACGUGACCUGCGCAGCCAAUAGCAGCCACCCCCUGCUCCCAGCUGUCGGGGGGGGGGCAGUGAGGCGGAGACAGGGACCCCCCCCCGCCCGCUCUGCCCCGCCCCGCCCCUUGGAGCCCCCGGCGCUCGGGACGGGGCCGGCCCUGGCACGACCAACCCCUCAGCCCCCGGCCCGGCCCCGUGGGGUUCACGGCCCUUUCCCCCCCCCCCCCCGCCGGCUUCCCCGCCCCCCGGUCUCCCGGCUCCCCAGGCUCAAGCCCCCCUCGGCUUCCCCAGGCUCCCCCGCAAAGCCCCCGCGGGCGAGGGGGGCCGAGAGGCCGCCAGGCAGCGAGAGACCCCGGGCCCCGCUGGCGCCACUUGCCCUGCACAGGCUGCUGGCUUCGCCGCAACAAACGGGCCAGCGAACCGGGCUUGGACUCUCGGGGGCAGGCGAGACGCUACCCGGGGCCCGCCGCGACCCGCUCAAGCGCCAGCCAACGUCCCAGGCUGGGGGGCACUGCGGGCCCCCUCCUGGGAGAGGCUAA